AUGCUAGACAACGACGUUACCGUUUUCCAAACGAAUUAUUUACGCGUCCGAAGGAACGCCCUGGGAAAUAUUCUCGAGGGUCUUGAUCAACGUGCUCUGGCCUGGUUGGCAGAAUGUGUUUCCAACAUCGACGGCGGCCACUCUGAACAACCAGAAAUAUCGGAGAACGAAGACCAAGAAGCACCCACCGAUGAAGAAGGCGGUCCGUACACCUCCUUGAACGUCGACAUUGAAAGGAACAAAAGAGGUACAAAGGAAAUAGAUGCUGAAAAAUCGUCCCAACUGGAAUUAGAUUCCAAAGAAGAAAUCUUUAUUCGUGCGACGGAAUUAGCGUCACCAUUUAUUAAAAGUUGCUUCCAACUCCCAUCAUUCACUACGACACGACGCAAUGCCCUGCACGAUUUGUUGGAGACGCUCACCCCGGCCGAACUGGCUAAGCUCAAACAGCUCUAUUUAUUACAACUAACCAUAGAAUCAGAGGAUGACCAUCCAACCACACUGAUGGCUGGGAGACCUCGUCAACUGGGCAGUAUAAUUCCCCAUUUUGGCAAAUUUGCAACACAUGUUUGA